GUAUAAAAUCGAGUUUUUGCUUAAACUCGUCCUCUUUGGAAUCGCAUCCGACAAGAUUCAAUAAGCAGAAUGAAGACUGCAGCUAUAUUUUUCUGUGCUAUUGUAUUGUGUGUGCACGCCAUCUCUGAUGACGAAGUUCGUCGUCAAUGGCAAGAAUUCCAGGAAACCUACCACAAGUCCUACAGAUCUCCAGUAGAAACCCGAAAACGUUUCACAAUCUUCAAACAGCAUCUUGAGGAAAUCGAAGCCCACAACAAACUUUACGACGAAGGCAAAGUAACUUGGAAAGAGGGUGUCAACAAGUUUGCUGACUGGACUGAAGAUGAGCUCAAAGAGUACAUUAAUCGUGGACUUUUGAAUGGAGAUGUCACCGUCCGUUCUAUGCCCACUGAAGAUCAAGAGAUUCAGCGUAAAUGGAACGAAUUCCAGAAAACCUAUGGCAAAUCCUACAGGUCCCCAGUUGAAGCCAAGAAACGUUUCGAAAUCUUCAAGAAGAACGUAAUCAGGAUUGAAGAACACAACAAACUCUACGAGCAAGGAUUGGUUAGCGACAAAGAAGCAAUCAACCAGUUUGCUGACUGGACUGAAGAAGAAUUCGAGGCUUACGAAAAGAGAGGAAUUAUUCCUGAAGAAACUGCCCCUUCUUCUGAAGAUGUAGAGAUUGAACGUAAAUGGAGUGAAUUUCAGAAAACAUACAAGAAAUCCUACAGAUCUCCAGUUGAAGCCAAGAAACGUUUCGAAAUCUUCAAGAAGAACGUGAUCAGGAUUGAAGAACACAACGACCUCUACGAGCAAGGAUUGGUCAGUGACAAAGAAGGAAUCAACCAAUUUUCUGACUGGACUGAAGAAGAAUUCGAAGCUUACGAAAAGAGAGGAAUUAUUCCCAAAGAAACUGUCCUUUCUUCUGAAGAUGCAGAGAUCCAACGUAAAUGGAAUGAGUUCCAGAAAACAUACAAGAAAUCCUACAGAUCUACAGUUGAAGCCAAGAAACGUUUCGAAAUCUUCAAGAAGAACGUAAUCAGGAUUGAAGAACACAACGACCUCUAUGAACAAGGAUUGGUUAGUGACAAGCAAGGAAUCAACAAAUUCGCCGAUUUGACUGAAGAAGAGUUCCAGGAUUAUGUCAAGAAAGGUUUGAUUCUCAAAGAUUCCACCGUAAGAGACAGUGACGAUGAAGAUAUGAUGCGUAGAUUCAAGGAUUUCCAGAAAAAAUACAACAAAUCCUACAAAUCUGCUGCUGAAGAGAAAAAACGUUUCGAAAUCUUCAAGGAGAACGUAAGAAAAAUCGACGAACACAACGCCCAGUACUACGAGGGAAAAACCACUUUUCUGCAAGAAGUCAACCAAUUCUCAGACUGGACUCAUCAGGAAAUGAUUGAUUGGCUUAUAGGCCAUUAGACAAAAUGA